CGGCUCCUGCCCCGCACGGACCGCGGGGCCCUCGGUCCCCGCUCGGUCCCCGCUGCGUCCGGCUCGGUCCCCGCUGCGUCCGGCUCGGUCCCCGCUCGGUCCCCGCUGCGUCCCCGCUCGGUCCCCGCUGUGCGCUGCUGCGUCCCGCCCGCCGAUCCCGGCGAUGCUGCGCGGCGCCGCCCGGGCGCUGCUCCUGGCCGCGGCCCUGGGGCUCGGGGUGCGCGGGGUGCGCGGCGCGGUGGCCCUCGCCGACUUCUACCCGUUCGGCGCGGAGCACGGCGACGCUGUCACCCCCAAGCAGGACGACGGCGGCUCGGGGCUGCGGCCGCUCUCCGUGCCCUUCCCGUUCUUCGGCGCCGAGCACUCCGGACUCUACGUGAACAAUAACGGGGUCAUCUCCUUCCUGAAGGAGGUCUCUCAGUUCACCCCAGUGGCCUUCCCCAUCGCCAAGGACCGCUGCGUGGUGGCAGCCUUCUGGGCAGACGUGGACAAUCGACGCGCAGGUGACGUGUACUACAGGGAGGCCACUGACCCAGCCACACUGCGCAGAGCCACGGAGGAUGUCAGGCGCUACUUCCCCGAGCUCCAGGAAUUCUCCGCCACCUGGGUUUUCAUAGCCACCUGGUACCGUGUGACCUUCUUUGGAGGCAGCUCCUCUUCCCCCGUCAACACGUUCCAGACUGUGCUCAUCACUGAUGGCAAGUUCUCCUUCACCAUCUUCAACUAUGAGUCCAUCACGUGGACCACAGGCACACACGCCAGCAGCGGGGGUGACACCGAUGGCCUGGGGGGCAUCGCAGCCCAGGCUGGCUUCAAUGCAGGUGACGGGCGGCGCUACUUCAGCAUUCCCGGCUCACGCACAGCAGACAUGGCCGAGGUGGAGACCACCACCAACGUGGGCGUGCCCGGGCGCUGGGCGUUCAGAAUCGAUGAUGCCCAGGUGCGCGUGGGGGGCUGCGGCCAUACAACCUCCGUGUGCCUGGCCCUGCGUCCCUGCCUCAACGGCGGCAAGUGUAUUGACGACUGUGUCACGGGCAACCCCUCCUACAGCUGCUCCUGCCUCUCGGGCUUCACGGGGAGGCGGUGUCAUCUGGAUGUGAACGAGUGUGCCUCCCAUCCGUGUCAGAACGGCGGUACCUGCACGCACGGCAUCAACAGCUUCAGCUGCCAGUGCCCGGCCGGCUUCGGGGGUCCCACCUGUGAGACAGCACUGUCUCCAUGUGACAGCAGAGAGUGUGAGAACGGCGGGCAGUGCCAGGCGGAGAGCGGCAAAGCGGUGUGCCUGUGCCAGGCUGGCUACACGGGUGCGGCCUGCGAGACGGAUGUGGACGAAUGUGCCUCCGAUCCGUGCCUGAACGGAGGCUCGUGUGUGGACCUCGUGGGGAAUUUCACCUGCCUGUGCUCAGAGCCCUUCACAGGACCUCGCUGUGAGACAGGAGGCCACCCAGUGCCCGACCCCUGCCUCUCAGCCCCUUGCCAGAACGGGGGCACCUGUGUGGAUGCAGAGGAGGGCUACGUGUGCGAAUGCCCCCAGGGCUUCACUGGCCUUGACUGCAGGGAGAGAACCCCCGAGCACUGUGGGUGCCGCAACGGUGGCAGAUGCCUGGGGGCCAACACCACCCUCUGCCAGUGCCCCCCAGGCUUCUUUGGGCUCCUCUGUGAAUUUGAAGUCACAGCCACGCCCUGCAACAUGAACACGCAGUGCCCGGACGGUGGCUACUGCAUGGAGUACGGUGGGAGCUACCUCUGCGUCUGCCACACUGACCACAACGUCAGCCACUCACUGCCAUCACCCUGUGACUCAGACCCCUGCUUCAACGGAGGCUCCUGUGAUGCCCAUGAGGACUCCUACACUUGCGAGUGCCCCCAAGGGUUCCACGGCAGGCACUGCGAGAAAGCCCGGCCACGCCUGUGCAGCUCAGCGCCCUGCCGGAACGGGGGCACGUGCAAGGAGGCGGGCAGCGACUACCACUGCAGCUGCCCCUACCGCUUCACCGGGAGGCACUGUGAGAUCGGGAAGCCAGACUCCUGCGCCUCGGGGCCCUGUCACAACGGCGGCACCUGCUUUCACUACAUCGGCAAAUACAAGUGUGACUGUCCCCCAGGCUUCUCCGGGCGGCACUGCGAGAUAGCCCCCUCCCCCUGCUUCCGGAGCCCCUGCAUGAACGGGGGUACCUGUGAGGACCUGGGCACAGACUUCUCCUGCCACUGCCAAGCAGGGUACAUGGGACGCCGGUGCCAGGCGGAGGUGGACUGCGGCCCCCCGGCAGAGGUGGAGCAUGCCACACUGCGCUUCAAUGGCACUCGGCCGGGCUCGGUGGCCCUGUACAAGUGUGACCACGGCUACAGCCUGAGCUCCCCCAACCACAUCCGAGUCUGCCAGCCCCAGGGCGUCUGGAGCGAACCUCCGCAGUGCAACGAGACAGACGAGUGCCAAACGCAGCCGUGCAGAAAUGGAGGCUCCUGCAGGGACCUCCCGGGGGCCUUUGUCUGCCAGUGCCCGGCAGGCUUCACCGGAGCCCAGUGCCAGACAGAGCUGGAUGCCUGUGACCCCAGCCCCUGCCUGCACGGAGGCCGGUGUGAGAACGGAGGCGGGGCCUACCUGUGCGUCUGCCCAGAGGGCUUCUUCGGCUACCACUGUGAGACAGUGAGUGACCCCUGCUUCUCCAGCCCCUGUGGGGGCCGCGGCUACUGCCUGGCCAGCAACGGGUCCCACAGCUGCACCUGCAAAGUGGGCUACACGGGCAAGGACUGCGCCAAAGAGCUCUUCCCACCAACGGCCCUCAAGGUGGAGCGAGUGGAGGAGAGUGGGGUCUCCAUCUCCUGGCGUCCACCUGAAGGCCAGGCGGCCAGGCAGGUGCUGGACGGCUACGCGGUCACCUACACCUCCUCAGACGGUGCCUACCGCCGCACAGAUUUCGUGGACCGGAGCCGCUCCGCACACCAGCUCCGGGCCCUGGCGGCCGGCAGAGCCUACAACAUCUCCGUGGUCUCCGUCAAGCGCAACGCCAACAACAAGAACGACAUCAGCAGGCCGGCGCUGCUGCUCGUCCGCACACGACCCCGCCCCGUUGAGGGCCUUGAGGUCACCAACGUGACAGCCAGCACCAUCUCAGUGCGGUGGGCUCUGCACAGGAUCCGUCACGCCACUGUCAGCAGUGUCCGCGUGUCCAUCCGGGAUCCUGAGGCCCAGGAGGACCAGUCCACCGACAUGGACAAAAGUGUGGACAAGUUCACGUUCCGGGCCCUGCUGCCAGGAAGGAGGUACACCAUCCAGGUGACUGCCCUCAGCGGGCUCGGGGGACAGGAGCCUCCCACCGAGAGCCUGGCCUCGGCCCCGCUGCACGUGUGGACGCGGCCGCUGCCUCCAGCAAACCUGACCGCUGCCAGAGUCACAGCCACCUCUGCCCACGUGGUCUGGGACACCCCCACUCCAAGUACCUUGCUGGAGGCGUAUGUCAUCAAUGUGACCACCAGCCAGAGCACCAAAAGCCGCUACGUCCCCAACGGGAGGCUGACAUCCUACACGGUGCGGGACCUGCUGCCAGGCCGGCGGUACCAGCUCUCCGUGACAGCCGUGCAGAGCGCGGAGGGCGACCAAGUGCACAGCGAGCCUGCUCACCUCUACAUCAUCACCUCCCCGAGGGACGGCGCUGACAGACGCUGGCACAGGGAGGGACUCCAUCCCCGGGUGCUCAGAAACAGACCGCCCCCCAUGCGCCUGCCGGAGCUGCACCUGCUCAGCGACCGUGAUGCCCCCGAAGCUCAGACCCUGACCCCCAGGUUCUCAGAGCUCGUGGACGGCAGAGGGCGAGUGAGUGCCAGGUUCGGUGGCUCACCUGGCAAAUCGGUCACUGUGAGAUCACAGCCCACGGCUGUGGCGCAGCCCGCGAACACGGAGGCGGCCCCCAGGCAGGCGCCAGAGCAGGUCGGCCUGGCCCUCCAGCUCCCUGAACGCAGUGGCGACAAGGACACGGAAAACGCCCCUGGGAACUGCUCAGAAAACCCCUGUCAGAACGGAGGCACCUGCGUGCCGGGUGUGGACACCCACAGCACCCACAGCUGUGACUGCAGCCCAGGGUUCAAAGGCAGACGCUGUGAGCUGGCCUGCACGAAGGUGCCCCAGCCCUGCACCCGGCUCUUCUCCGAGACCAAGGCCGUGCCGGUCUGGGAAGGAGGCGCCUGCCACCACGUGUAUAAACGAGUCUACAAGGUGCACCAGGACAUUUGCUUCAAAGAGAGCUGUGAAAGCACGAGCGUCAAGAAAACCCCAAACAGGAAGCAAAGUAACAGUCCGGCACUGAAGAAAUCUUAGGUACAGGAUUCAGGAUGUCCUUGUUACACUCCAUCAACCUCGGGAGCUUCCCAAGCCCAGGAAGAUGGGGCCACAGUCGGACUGAGACAGGCGCCUGGGACACCAGGUCCUGGCUAGCACCGGUCCCCUCUGCGGCUUCCCUCCCCCGCCCCCGCCCCUUAGAGACAGACGGCCAGGCCAGCCAGGCCACACCAGGGACACCCUCUUGAGCUGAGUCGCCUCCAGGCCCCACAAUGCUUCCAGCAGCCCAUGCCGUAAGCCUGGCUGCAGUUUCCUACGGGGACAGCCCGGGCGUUGGCCUGGAGGAGCCGGGCGGCCGCCAGGAACACUCCCACGAUAUCCGGAAACCAGCUCUGGGACUCUGAGGUCGGGGGGCCAGUUCUCGCCCCGGAGACCUCACAGUCACAAUGAGGACAGCCGCUCUCGAGCCCCCGCCGGGAAGGGGGCCGCGAGGACGUGAUACGGGGAGGGAAGCCGCGAGCCAGGCGCCCGUCUGGCCCUCCUCCGCGCGUCACUACCCUCGUCUGCCACAGGCGCAACCGACCACCCGGACCGGCAGACUGGAAAGAUAAAGCGUUAGUUGCUACGGAGAUGGGGUUUACACACUCGCAGCCUCCGACUCUUCCUCAAACAGCGACUACUUUUGGCUUCAAGGACCAGACGGUCUCCGUGGCAACGUCUUGGUCACAGCAGCGUAGCCACAGCCGUGUGACCAGACGGUGUGGCCGAGUCCCAGGAAGACCUCACCCACCCGCCUGGCUAAGCCCCGCUCUCUCAGGUCACCCAGGCCCCAGCCUCGCACAGAGAAAGCCGUGAACCAGAUGACGAAUCACCCAGAGCUCCCGCUCCCGGCUUCCGAGCCGACGUGGCAGGUGCGCAGCAGGGGCUGCUUCCUCCUGGCGGGGUCGGUGCAACCGGACGGACAAGCAGGGCAGGCCGGGCCCCACCGCGCGAGACACUCAGUCCCUGACUCGACGACGACACUGCUUGCACUGCUGUUCACACAGGCUGCAAGGAGGCCGUGCGGCCUCACCACACGUGCUUCCAGCGUCUUCUCCCAGAGGUCUUCCCCCCGCGGAGGCCAAAAGCACGCCAACCCACCUCGAGACACGUGCAGCAUUUUAAGAGCUGACCCGAUCUGAACUCGAGCCUCUGGGCGUCUCCCACGGACGCGGCCCCAAGUCAGCAUUCCAGCCACAGAGAGGGCUCCUUCCUGUCACCUUUUCUAAACACAUUUUUUGAAGAGAGUAUAUUUUAGGCUUUUUGUUUUUAUUAAAAUUUUGUGUGCAUAUGUCUGUGUAGUAUGCAAUUUGUUCUUUUCAGAAAGGAGGGACAGUCAUUUCAAGAGCAUCCCCAGUGGCCCAAGCCCACCUGGAGAAGACGGCCGAGCUCAGCCAAGGGCUCUGGCACCGGGUGAGUGGAGAGGAAACCGCGGACAGACACGUGUACUGCUUGCUGACUUCUGCCGCGUUGCUGGGGCCUGUCGCUGCGUCUGUGUAAAGCUACAGCAUCACCAGCAAGUGGCAAGAUCAAGUGAGAUCACUGGAAAAGUAGAUGGAAAUUUCUACUGCUAUGCUAAUAACCUCAAGCCCUUCCGCCACAAGGUGGACACUAGCAUGUUUUGGUUUUUAACUCAGAAACCUUUGUUUCUACAAGAAACAGUCUACUGAAUCCUGAGCUUGGUGCUGUGCUAUCUUAUGAUUAACUCAUCUUGAUGUUUUACAAAUUAGGAAUCUAGUAAAAACACCUCCUGACGCCAAAGGAGUCACAACUCAUCCAGGAAACGUUCUACAUGAGACACUGCUUCUUC